UGAGAGAGUCCUUCUAGAGCUGACUCCUCUCCAAGCCCUGAUGCUUCGAAUGGCAGGGCAGGAAAUCCCCGAGGAGGGCCGAGAAGUCGAGGAGUUUUCAGAGGACGACGAUGAAGAGUCAGAUGAUUCCGAAGCAGAGAAGCAGUCACAGAAGCAGCACAAAGAGGAGUCUCUCUCUGAUGGCACAUCUGCAGCUUCCCAGCAGCAAGCCCCUCCACAGUCUGUUCCUCCAUCUCAGAUACAAGCACCCCCCAUGCCAGGACCACCUCCGCUUGGACCGCCACCUGCUCCACCUUUACGGCCACCUGGACCACCUACAGGCCUUCCUCCUGGACCACCUCCAGGAGCUCCUCCGUUCCUGAGACCACCUGGAAUGCCAGGGCUCCGAGGGCCUCUACCCCAACUUUUACCUCCAGGCCUGCCACCAGGUCGGCCCCCUGGCCCUCCUCCAGGCCCACCUCCGGGUCUGCCUCCUGGCCCUCCUCCUCGGGGACCCCCACCACAGCUACCUCCCCCAGCACCUGCAGGUAUCCCUCCACCCCGUCCUGGCAUGAUGCGCCCACCUCUGGUGCCUCCUCUUGGACCUGCCCCACCUGGGCUCUUCCCACCAGCUCCCUUACCCAACCCGGGGGUUCUAAGUGCUCCCCCCAACUUGAUCCAACGACCCAAGGCGGAUGACACAAGCGCAGCCACCAUCGAGAAGAAAGCUACGGCAACCAUCAGUGCCAAGCCACAGAUCACUAAUCCCAAGGCAGAGAUCACACGAUUCGUGCCCACCGCACUGCGGGUGAGUCGGGAGAAUAAAGGGGCUGCUGCUGCUCCCCAGAGAAAGUCAGAGGAUGAUUCUGCUGUGCCUCUUGCCAAAACAGCGCCCAAAUCUGGCCCAUCUGUUCCCAUGUCGGUGCAGACUAAGGACGAUGUUUAUGAGGCUUUCAUGAAAGAGAUGGAAGGGCUGCUGUGA